CACGAUUCGUCUUUGAGGUUUUCCGACCAAGUGUGAUGUCGCUGGAAGUCUCUAGCUGAGCAUAGAAUACCUCGGUCCACGUUUCGACUCGUCACAAUGGGAAAUACUCAGGGAAAGCCCGUGGCUUGCAAUGAUGCAGUCAACCUCAACCACUUCCGCCUCCUUCGCGUGGUCGGAAAAGGCGCCUUUGGAAAGGUUCGCAUUGUCGAGAGGAAAGACACAGGCUUGACAUUUGCCCUCAAAUAUAUUCGCAAGGAGGAGGUUGUACGUUCGGAGAGCGUACGGAACAUUAUCCGCGAACGCAGAAUGCUCGAGCAUCUGAACCACCCUUUCCUUUGCAACUUGCGUUACAGUUUCCAGGAUAUAGAGUAUAUUUACAUUGUGGUCGACUUGAUGAAUGGCGGUGAUCUCCGGUUUCAUAUCUCGCGCAAGUGCUUCACGGAGGAAGCAGUGCGGUUCUGGAUGGCCGAGCUGGGCUGCGCUUUGAAGUAUAUCCAUUCGCAGGGUAUCAUCCAUCGCGAUCUCAAGCCCGAUAACGUGCUGUUGGAUUCCGAGGGACAUGUCCAUUUGGCUGAUUUCAAUGUUGCCUCCGAUUUCCGACCUGGAAAACCUCUCACGAGCAAAUCAGGAACCCUGGCUUACUUGGCCCCGGAGGUCUACGAAGGGACUGGGUACUACUACGAAGUCGAUUGGUGGUCAUUAGGUGUGACUUUUUACGAGUGCAUCUACAACAAGCGACCAUUCGAAGGCCGCAGCCAGGAAACGUUGAGCGAAAACAUCAAGAAAGCGCAACCGAAAUACUAUGUCACCAACCCCGCGGUAUCAGUCCCCUGUCUACGGGCCUUGGGUGCAUUGAUGGAAAAGGACCGUAGUCGCCGCAUCGGUGCGAUCGGCUUCGAAAGCUUUACCCAGCACAUGUUCUUCGCAGAUAUCGACUUUGCCGCUCUUGAGCGCAAAGAGUAUGCUCCGGUAUUCCGACCCUCCAGCGAAAAGACCAAUUUCGAUGCGACGUACGAUUUGGAGGAGCUACUCUUAGAGGAAGCUCCACUGGAAGCCCGGGCUCGUCGACAGAAACCCCGCGCGGAACUCCGUGAUGAUGCCACCGCCAAAGAGAUUCGGGAGGAUGAGCUUCAUCGCCUCAUCGAAACAAUGUUUGAACCUUUCGACUACACCACCGUCAGCUUCCAAAUCACCGCCGCGGAGGCCAUUGCUGCAGCAAUAAACCCCGAAGACUGCAUUCCUGUCACGACCGCUACCUCCACACCCCAUGCCCGCCACCCCUCGCAACCUGAAUCGUCCGUUCGAAACGUUUCAACCCCGCAACAGGAUGGAUCCAUCCACCGAGUCCCCCCAACCGAAAACUUCACGAUGUUCAGUGAGAAUCUCGACCCGAAUGGUUCGGCCGGCCCGCAGCCACCUUCGCCCCGCAUCUCUCCUUCUCCCAUUCCUCCUCCAGCUCCCUCCUUUCAUCGCCCUUUACCUCCAAACCCCCAGCGAAGCGGCACACGGAAACCAAGCAAAGGUGGUGGAGUGCAAAUGGUACUUGAAGAGGCCGGCAGCUGGAGUGAGCUCGCUAAUCAUAGCUCAACCCUUCCCGCAGAGGGGUUGCAGGGCGAGGAGAACAAGGGCAAGGGAUCCAACAGUGGCAUGCUGUCCUUCCUCAGUCGGAAGAAGGGCCGCGACCGCAGUCCAAAGCCCACCGAGCCCGGUGUUUUGGGUAAAGAGGGUGCCAGGCAAAUCAUCAGCUGA